AGACGCGUCUCUCUGUUUCUGAAACAUUCGCCUGAAUCCAGCAGCUUCUCCUCAUCAACACAGCAGAAUCACAAACUCCGACAUGUCUGCUGCCAGCUGUCAGCUGAUUGAGGAUCAGUUUCUGUGCUCCAUCUGUCUGGAUGUGUUCACUGAUCCAGUCGCCAUAUCAUGUGGACACAACUUCUGUAAAGCCUGCAUCACUCAACACUGGAACAUCAAUGUCCCCUAUCAGUGUCCCAACUGUAAGAAGUCUUUCUCCACCAGACCUGAGCUGCAGGUCAACACCUUCAUCUCUGAGAUGGCUGCUCAGUUCAGACAGUCAGCUCAACAGAAAGCCAGCAGCAGCAGCUCAGAGCAACAAGCUGCCAAACCAGGAGAAGUUCCCUGUGAUGGCUGCACUGGAACCAAACUGAAGGCCCUGAAGUCCUGCCAGGUGUGUCUGGAGUCCUACUGUGAGACUCACCUGGAGCCUCAUCUGACAAGACCAGGUCUGAAGAGACAUCAGCUGAUCGACCCCGUGGAGAACCUGGAAGGCAGGAUGUGUACGAAGCACAAUAAACUGCUGGAGCUGUUCUGUAAGACCGACCAGACGUGUGUCUGCAUGCUCUGCACUUAUUCAGACCACAAGAACCAUGAUGUUGUUUCUCUGGAAGAAGAAUAUGAAGGAAAGAAGGCCGAGAUGGAGAAGACUGAGGCUGAAACCCAGAAGAUGAUCCAGAUGAGACAACUGAAGAUUCAGGAGAUCAAACUCUCGGUGGAGCUCAGUGAGGAAGAUGCAGACAGAGAGAUAGCAGGUGGUGUUCAGGUCUUCACCGCUCUGAAGGAGUCUGUUGAGAGAAGCCAGGCCGAGCUCAUCGACACGAUCAAAGAGAAGCAGAGAAAGACAGAGAAACAGGCUGAAGGCUUCAUCAAAGAGCUGGAACAGGAAAUCUGUGAGUUGAAGAAGAGAAGCACUGAGGUGGAGCAGCUGUCACCCUCUGAAGACCACAUCCACCUCCUCCAGAGCCUCAGGACCCUGAAGGCUGCUCCACCCACCAAGAACUGGGCUGGAGUCAGAGUCAGUCCACCUUCAUAUGAGGGGACUGUGAUGAGAGCUGUGAACCAGCUGGAGGAGACGCUCAGUAAACAGAUGAAGAAGCUGUUUGAGGUCGAGCUGAAGAGGAUCCAGCAGUCUGCAGUGGAUCUGACACUUGAUCCUGAUUCAGCACAUCCCAACCUCAUCCUGUCUGAUGAUGGAAAACAAGUUACACAUGGUGAUGUAAAGAAGAAUCUUCCAGACAAUCCACAGAGAUUUGAUUAUUGUGUUAUUGGCUUAGCAAAGCAGAGUUUCUCUUCAGGAAGAUUUUACUACGAGGUUCAGGUUGAAGGAAAGACUAAGUGGACUUUAGGAGUGAUGAGAGAGUCCAUCAACAGGAAGGGAAGAAUCACACAGUCUCCUCAGAAAGGUUUCUGGAUGAUAUGGUUGAAUGAGAAUGAGUACUCAGCUCGUGCUGACCCUUCAGUCCAUCUCUCUCUGAAGUCUCGGCCUCAGAAGGUGGGGGUGUUGGUGGAUUAUGAGGAGGGUCUGGUCUCCUUUUAUGACGUUGAUGCUGCAGCUCUUAUCUACUCCUUUACUGGCUGCUGCUUCACUGAGAAACUCUUCCCACUCUUUAGUCCAUGUCUUAAUGAUGGUGGUAAAAACUCUGCUCCUCUGAUCAUCUCUCCUGUCAAUCACACUGAGUAGAACAACCACUGGAUUUCCUUCAGAGAGAUUUACUUUUGUCUAAUACAAUGAAUGUAUUUUGAUUGGUGAUUGGUACAGUGUGUAGUGUUUAUUUCUUUCUAUAAAUAUUCCUUUGAUUUGUAUCACCACUCGCAACUAAAACACCAGUUCUAUUGGGAAUAACGCUGGAGAGCUCAGCAGUGACACUCAAGACAAUCUGGGAGGGGCUUAAAUAGUGAGGCAGCAGGUGAGAUGGGCGUGGAGGACCAGGUGAGGGGUCAGAGUGGGAGGAGCUAAAAUGACACGAGAGUUAGCAAACAGGAAGGUGGGGUGAAAACAACCUAUGAUGUGGUGGAAUGUGUGACAAUUACCUGCCAUCAAGACUGUUAAAUCAUUUAAAACUCUACAGAGAAAUAUGAAGUGUGUACACAUUCCUUAAAUGUUCCGAAACCAUUUUUUCAAAUGUUAGGAUCAUUGUGUAUAAGAAGUGUUUCAAACUGGCACAAAUUAUUGAAGAACAGUUCAUGAAUGAGACAAGACUUUAGAGUAGUAGAAAGUGCCGUUUCUAAUGACACCAAAUCACGUGGUUAAAAACAACGUGAUUCUGUAAGAUAACAUGCUGAUGUUUCAGGUUGGAUGUGAACACUGAACCAGUGCUCCCAGCUAGUGGAGAAUACAUGAGGAGCUCACCACACACUGCAGCCUGUGUGAGGGCGCCCUCUAGAGGAGCUCACCACACACUGCAGCCUGUGUGAGGGCGCCCUCUAGAGGAGCUCACCACACACUGCAGCCUGUGUGAGGGCGCCCUCUAGAGGAGCUCACCACACACUGCAGCCUGUGUGAGGGCGCCCUCUAGAGGAGCUCCUCACACACUGCAGCCUGUGUGAGGGCGCCCUCUAGAGGAGCUCACCACACACUGCAGCCUGUGUGAGGGCGCCCUCUAGAGGAGCUCCUCACACACUGCAGCCUGUGUGAGGGCGCCCUCUAGAGGAGCUCACCACACACUGCAGCCUGUAUGAGGGCGCCCUCUAGAGGAGCUCACCACACACUGCAGCCUGUGUGAGGGCGCCCUCUAGAGGAGCUCACCACACACUGCAGCCUGUGUGAGGGCGCCCUCUAGAGGAGCUCCUCACACACUGCAGCCUGUGUGAGGGCGCCCUCUAGAGGAGCUCACCACACUUUAAGAGGUACAAGUACUCUGAUAUCACUGAUGAGUGAGUUUUGUACUUAAGUAUUGUACUUUAACUACGUGUAAAGAGACUCUUAGAAGCCCUGUGAUCCACUGCUGUGGUCCAAUCAGAAGGUUUCUUCUCCUUAUGAUGAAAAGCAAAACAACCUCACUCCCAGACUGGUGUCGAAUAGUCAAAACAUGACCUCCUAACGUCUAUUCCUAACCACUUGUCCUUGACCUCUGUGGAAAACAUCCCGGGGUCAAGGAAAGGUGGGAAGGAGAAUUCAUGAGGAGUUAAGAAAAGACAACCGCUGAGUUUAGAGAAUCACUAAUGAAGGUAGUGUGGCAUCACAAGGGGACAGGUAGUGGA